AUGAGUUCCUUGAUACAUAAAACGAUAAAAUAAUUUGAUAUAUUUUCAAAACCUUUUACAUUCUUUGUAGGAAAUAAAAAAUCUAAAAGUACUAUUGUUGGAGGAUUCCUUUCUUUAUCUGUAAUAGCUGUUGCUGUUAUUUAUUUCUAUUAUCUGAUGAAUCUUUACUUUACUAACCAAGUUGAGCCAAAAAUAACUUAAAGUUUUCAAAUUCAAAGCAGUUUAAGCACAAUCCAUAUUUAAGAUAGUUUCUUCAUUAUAGAAAUGCUUAUCAAUGGAUAACCUUUGAAAUAAUAUGAAAAAUAAGUGAAUUAAGUUUAUUUAAACUAUACAGUACUUUACGAAAUUUAUUAUCCUAAUGGAACAUAUAUUACUAAAGUACUUUAGCUUUCAGAAUGUACUGAUUCAUAGUUUAUAGGGUAUUAAUGUAUUGAUUAAAGCGCUUUUGAAUAGAGCAUUGAUAUCUUUAACAACCCUAUUGAACAAUUCUCUUCUGAUAUUUCAAUUUAAAUUAACUUUUGUGACCCUAAAAUCACAAGUAAUUGUGCUUCACCUAACGAUAUAAGCAAUCUAAUUUUUUAGCAAUAAAAUUAUUUCUAAGUAUUCACAAAAAUAAAGUAAUAUAGCUAGAAAUUAAAAAACUACUAAUCUUCUUACAAAACUGAAUAUUUUUACUUUGAUCCAAAUUUGAUAACUUAUACCAGAUUAGACUUAAUAUUAGCUACAACAACCAUAACCGAAGGAUUAUUGCUUUAAAAAUCAUCUUCUGAUGUUAACAUUUAUGAUUAUUAAAGGAUAGAUACAUUUUUUUCAUAGAUAAAUAUAUAACAAAGAAUGGGAAUUAGUGGAUUAGGCUAUUUAGUUUACGAGCUAAAUCAAAUGCAUAACUCUAUAGAAAUUUAAAAUGCUAUGAUAACUGAAAUCUUAGCUUAAUUUAUGAGUAUAUUGAAUACAAUGCUUUUAGUAGGUUUUUUGGCAAGAUAUCUUGCUGAGUCAUACAUUGUAGAAGACAUAAAUAAUAUCUUGCUUUAAGAAUAUUAUAAAAAAACUGCUCUAAAAUUAGUUUAAAAAAAGGAAAUUAGAAAUGCCUUUGAAAAGUUUGGUAAUGGCGAUGCAGCAGCAUAAUCGUAAUUUCCCUCAAGCUAUAAUAUAUUAAAUAGGUUGUAUUAUACUAAAGAUUUAUCAGCAGAAAAGUAGUAGUCAAAAAUUCUUUGUGAAAUUUAGAAGAGAAUUAAUGAGACCAAUUUUUCUGAGUAGUAAAAGUAGUAUUUUGAAAUGAGUUUUUGGGAAAGAUUUAAGAAUUUUUUUUAAAAAAUAUUGGGUUUUAAUUAGAAGUUAGAAAUUCAUAAAGAUCCUAAUUCUGAUCCUAUUUUGUAUGAUAAUCUACUAAAAUAAUCAAUGAAAAGAAUCAAUAUUUUUGAAGUUUACAAAGAUUUGAUUAAAUUAAAGAUGGCAAUUAAACUUAUUCUAACCAAAGAUCAAUACGCUGCUAUACAAUACUGUGGAUCAGAAUUAUGCCCUGUAUAGACUCAAAUUUAAUAGUAAUUAAAAGAAAUAUAAUCAUAAAGAUUGAUAAAUUAAAUAAAAUCUAAUGAUAAUAAAGAAAUGCCUGCAGCUUUAGCAGUAAAUAAAUUGCCUAAUAGCAAUGAUAUCAAUCCUUAGGUUUAGUAAUAAAAAGCAAAAAUAUCUAAUAUUUUUUUAAAACAAAACAUAUUACCAAUUAUCUAAGAUAGAGAUAUUAGUUAAUAAUAGUAAAACUAAGUUACUUAAAAAGCAUGCUAAGGAAUUUAUAAAAAUUAAAUAAUAGAAAUUUUUCCUCAAACGUUUUAAGAAUAAAUUAAAUAAAGUCAAGUCAAUGAUGAUUAAUAUUAAUUCAAAAGUAGCAUGAUUUCAGAGAUCCAGUAAAGUAUAGAUGUAUAUAAAGAGGAAUAGUAAAAUAUCUUUGAAACAAAUGAUAAUUUAAUAAGAAAACAACGAGAUUAAACAACUCCUACCUCAAUAUUAUCAAGUAACCAACACCAUAAAAUUAUUAUUGAUAAAAAGGAUAAAAUUUAAUGUCUCAGGAUAAAUGGGGAUUAGAAUGAGUUAAAUUAAUCAGAUCUUUCCAUAGAGAUACCUAUUUAAGCUCAAGAAGAUAUAGAUGAUCUACAUUUAGAAAAUAAAAAUUUAUAAACAUUCCUAGGGUUAGGUUGUCAUCUUAUUGAAAUGGAUAAAAUUGAAGAAAAUGAAGAGGAAAGGGAAAAUUAUCUAAAAUAAUUCUUUGUAAAAAUGAAUAGUUCUAAUGAUAAUUAAAAAAAUUAUAUAGAUUAAUAGAUUUAUUAGAGUCUAAUUAUUAAUGAAAAGCAAGUAAAAGCAAUUAAUGAUUAUUUUGAUUAGCAAGUUGUUAUAAACAGGAGAAUCUCUUUACAUAGAAAAGCUUAAAUAACUAAUUUGAUUGAAGAGCUAAGUAAUAAGAAUAAAUAAAGUAAUAAUUUAAAAAUGUAAUGA